CUAUCAUGUCAGAGUUAACAUGAUACAUAGCUGUCAUAAGUAAUUUGUGGUAGAUACAGAAUUUAAGAUUGCAUUUAGAUAAAACAGUCCAUACUGGAUUUUACUUCCGCAUCAUCUCACUGUACAGUGAGUUCUCAAGACUUCUUCCCUGCACAUCAGUACCCACUAUUCUUUACAUUUGUCCAAAGUGUCGUUUAUCACAAUAACUAAAUUGACGAUUAUUAUAUAUUCUUAUUUUAACGAACAUGGGGAAAUGUUAACAGUUAACAAAGUUGUUCAUACUUGUAAUCUCCUAUAUGGCAUACAUAACAGACUUCAGUGCUUGUGUAAAAUGGUCAGUCUUAGUACUUGCCACAGUUGAUAUUGUUUUCACCCUUGCUUUUGGUUAAAUCUUAUUAAAAUGAUACAAUUAAUGGAAUUGCAUUGUAGUAUUAUUGUUAAGAACAGUUAACUUUUUAUUGGUUUAGGAAUUCGAACGGUUUGCUAGCAGCAUUCAGAUUGUUUUGGUUCAGGAAUUUUAUUUUUACUACGUUGGGGGGAAGUAUGCAUAGAUAAGACUACAGGCGGUACACCCAGCACUUUGGUCGCUUGGAAAGCCUGAAGUACUAUGCUACAGUUAGCCACUAUAAUGGGGUGAAAAUGUGCGAGUUUUCUCCACAAUUCUAAGCUGAAGUGGUACAUCUUCCUAAUGGUGAACAGAAGAAGGCCGUCUGGAACAGGAAAAGGGAUCAAAGCAGGCGAAGGAGAUGGAAUGGUCAGCGAUGUCCUUAAAGACGCAGGGGGUAAAGUAGCCGGUAAAUGUUCGGACGGCGGCGGUAUGUGCAGCGGGGAAAGCGGCUCCAGGAAGCGACAACACAGCGAGUCGAGCAGGGACGAACAGGGCGGCACUAGCACAGGCCAUCCCGUGCUCAGGUCCAGCAAAAGACUGAAAAAGGAUGAAAGUCCACCUCCAGAACACAAGAAGGAACAAGAGCCAGAGAAGGGGCCAAAUGGUGGUACUGCAGAGACUCCCGUCCGAGGCAAGAAGAAAUGCCAGAAACGUACCUGGGAAUCCUGGAACCAGGAAGACAAGGAUGCUUUCUUCGAGGCAUUGUAUGAGUAUGGGAAGGAUUUUGAAUCCAUCCAAGCCCACAUUGCCAACAAGCACAAGAAGCGUGGUGACCCGCCCUCCCUUACCAAGAACAAGGACCAGGUGCGGCACCUGUACUACCGCACCUGGAACAAAAUCUCCAAGUUUCUAGACAUCAAUGAAGAUGUGAAAAAGGCUGUUCAAGAGCUGUAUGGACUGAUCAACUAUGGGGAACUGAGGAAGAAAAUUGGACGGAUGGAUGAGAAAAAUGGACACAAACUAAAUGAACUCAUUAAGUAUGGGGUAACAACAGUGAGGGUGAAGGGGAAAAAUGUCAGAAUAAAGACACCUGUGUGCAGGGCCUUGAAAAAAUUGAACAAUAUUGAUGACGAUGAAGACAAGCGCCCAGAGAAGCUCCCCCCUCGGGUACAGCUGGAGCUGUUACCUCACUCCAACCAGACCUGGGCUGUGAUCCAAGGACUGGCCCAGAACCCGCGUGUCAGGUUAAACAUCCCCCUGCACAGAAGGGUGUCGUCCCUGCUGGAGUUCUUGCAGGUCAAGUGGACUCCACACAGGGUGAAAAUUCUCCAGCAACUGAGUGUAUCAGAGGAGACCAAACUGCACCUGUCCAUCCUGCCUCCCCCUGGAGCCAGCAUCAACCCUAUCCCUGUCACAGGGAAAGUGGUGCACAGCAAGAACUUCUGUUACAUCGCCGAGCCUACAAAGAACACCAAACCCCUGGUGAUUACCAACGCUAUUCUGUCAGCAAAGGGAAAAUCUGGGAACAGUCGACCCAGCCAGGCGGACAACACCACAAACAAAAGUUGCAGUAGUGAUGCAGUAACUGUAAAACAGGAUGGCAGUAAUUCUAGGUGUUCAAAUGAUGAGGAUUCUCAAAUUAGCAAGUCAUCAAAAGUGGACAGUCAACAGUCAGAACAGGAUAGCAAGCAGCAAGUGAGAGACAGCGCUGCAGACAGUUGUGUAUCACAGUGCCAGUGCAAUACGGAAGAAGAAGAAUGUAGAUGUAAAAGAACUGCUGUCCACGACAACUGCCCAGGACAUGAGGGUGUCUCGGAGUCAGAUCGGACUGAUGUAGGCAGUGCGGAAACAGGACAGACUAGUUGUACAGAUGGAAGUAGUGUAAAUAGUACAGAUGCACAUAAACAGAGCACAACAGCUCAAGAAAGAGACAUGCCAGGCAAGGGAGAUGGGAGUGAAGAAAGUCCUGUGAACGAAUCACCUGCUAACAAUAGUAACAGCACUUCUGACCCUGCAGUAGGGACACAUGUUGUACAGCAGUCGGAUGCCAUACAGCAUGGGGACGGGGUUAUUACAGACAAUGUGCAACAGGACGUCACGCCAGACAGCAAUGCGAAGAAAUCUGACUGUGUACAGGAGCAGACAGUGCGGGAGGGCUGGACCCUCCAGACUGUAGGCAUGCUCACCUUUGCAGAACUCUUUGUCAUGUUGGGGAAGCCAUCUAAGCUGCAGCUAGAAUAUGACUGGGUACAGGAGAAGAUUGUUGAUGUUGACCAUGUAAGCGCUGUAUGGAAGAUCAUCAGACUGGCAGCGAUUGAACUUGACCUUCUCAAUAACAAACAGAAAAAUGUGUCCGUGGGGACGUCCCCGAUGAAGAUGCCCCCAGCCUCCCCCCCUGGAGUACCAGGGGGGAGCCCCCCUGCAGCCGUCAGCCCCUCGGCCUCCAGAAUAGGAGUCAGGAAACCUCAAAGCCCUCCCAACAACAAGGCCCUCCAGCCCACGGCGACGUCCACCCCCAUCCGGAGGGACAGUGCAGGGUUCAUCAUGCCCACCACUGUUGCGCCCGCUCGGGCCAGACCUGCAGCGCAACUCACACAGGCAGACAGGGAGUUCAGGGCACAGCUAGACUCCCUCAAUAAACGUCCGGACAUUUUCCUGCCAAGGAAGACGAGAGGAAGAGGGGGAAGGAAACCCAUUGUUGUACAGAGAACCCUCCUGCCGCGCCCCUCGCAGCCGUCUCGGCACAUGAUGUCGCUGUCCUUCAUCCACAACUCCCACGCUGCUAUCCAGGGAUCCUUCACCCCCAUCCUCCCCAGGAAAACCCCGUCUCCGGCGGCAACCACGUCACGACUCAUCGCUCCCAAAACUGCUGCACACACGGUGACUGCUGGACAGUCCCUGGCAGCGUCAACUGGAGGUGCCAUCAGUCUAGCCGCCCAGGCUGCGGGGGUUCCUGGUGCCCAGCUCAGACCUGCUGCCACGCCUAAACCUUUGUCAGCAGUUGACUCCCCAGUGUCUGUGCAGACACAUUCUCCUGUACCCACGUACCCUGUCGGCAGUCCUGGUCAGCUGGUUCCAUCACAAACACCAACGCCACAACACACUUUACCUGCACAUCCACAGCCUGUGCCAGAACCAACCACUAUCAGCACAAAAUCAGCACAGGACAUGGGCCUGACUUUAGCUGCAGUACCGGGCACAUCAGCAGGAGGGAGCCUGGGCAUCAUGCCUGAUCAGGAGGGUGCUUUGUCUGUCAUGCCUACAGCUGGUGCAGGGAUGGCUGAUCCCAUUCUGGAUAUAAACAUGACAGAUGGAAUGACUGGGACUCUGUCAUCUCAUUCAAGAGAAGGCCUGGAGAUUCCUGCUGUCAGUCCCAAUACUUCCCCCUCCAAACUCUGUCUGGAGUCUGUUCUGCUCAAUGGAGAGGCUGGUGAUAUAACUCUAAGCAGCUUACUAGCAACUCUUCAGUCUCCUGAGAAGGCCAAGAACAUGUCGUUAGGGGGAGGAUCUGUCCUGUUCAGUGAGGAGUCAAGGGACUCCCUGGCAUCCAAACAUGCGCUGGAUGUGGACACUGCUCUCCAUGCCAUGAUGAAUGAGAACAGUGUGGAUUACAUCGCUAAGUUCUCGGAGCUUGCGGCCCAGGUGGCCGGAUGUGCCACGCCUUCCACCACCAGGACGACUGACAACGACACAGAAGCGCUGGGCUUCUCAUGCUUGGCAUCAGCAGAUGUGGACAUGACUGAAAAAAGAUAGUGGCAAUGCUGUCUUCCACUAAAGCUUUUCUUGCUGUAACUGGAUUAUGCAAUCACUAUAUUUUUUGCCAAAUGCAAGUAAAGAUAUUUAUAUUAUGCAAUUAUCACACAGACCUGUAACAAGGUUGCCGUUAUUGUUGUUUGCAUUCCUAAAAUCACUGAAUACAUAUGAAAUAUUGUGCACUGGUCUCUCUUAUUCUUGUUGUUAUUUGCACAGUACCCAGUGUAAAGUGAUUGACUGGAGUGUGAGUGUACUAUCAUGCAAUGACAUGGUCAUAAAUGGGCUCAAUUAUCAUAUUAAAACACAACAAUAACAUAAA